UUUGGAGAGUUCAUAGGAAAUAAAAGUAUAUAAGGAGAAAACGAUAUAAAAGAAGAAGAAGAUGUAAAAAAUGAUGUAGAAGAAAAAAAAGAUGCAAUAGAACAGUAUAAAAGAAGAAGACAAUGAAACAACAGACAAAGUUGAAGAAGAAGAUGCAACAGAAGAAGUUGAAAGAGAAGAAGAUGCAACAGAAGAAGUUGAAAGAGAAGAAGAUGCAACAGAAGAAGUUGAAAGAGAAGAAGAUGCAACAGAAGAAGUUGAAAGAGAAGAAGAUGGAACAGAAGAAGUUGAAAGAGAAGAAGAUGCAACAGAAGAAGUUAAAAGAGAAGAAGAUGCAACAGAAGAAGUUGAAAGAGAAGAAGAUGCAACAGAAGAAGUUGAAAGAGAAGAAGAUGUAACAGAAGAAGUUGAAAGAGAAGAAGAUGCAACAGAAGAAGUAAUAUAUUUCUGAAAUAGAAAAUAUAAUGCAAAUGAUAUUGAUUGUUAAUUUUUUUUAAGGCUCGACUGUGAGUGACGUUAGGUCAAAUUUGGGGAAUGACGGAAUAAGAUGCAAAAUACAAAUGUUAAAUGCAAAAAUUAAAGUUUAGUAGCAAACCAUGUUACUGGAUUGUUUAACUGGCCUUUUCAAAAGUUGGUUUUUAAGAUACUCUGUUAUACCAAGAAAUAUUUCUUCUUGUCGUCAGAAAGAAAAGAAAAGGCCUUGG